CUGAAGCGUCUAAUAAUAAUCAUCAUUUUACUGAAAUACUCAUUAUUUAAGGUAAGAUAUGAAAUAUGCACAUCUGCAUUACAGAAAUAGCAUAAAAUAACUUACUGUCUGUGUGUGAGUUUAACUGUUACACCUAAACCCACUUCUCUGUCAUUGUUUGUUUAAUGAUCAGCUCUGGAAAGCCAUGUUCAAUCCAUCUGGAACGUCUUCUAUUCCCACUAAAAGGGAUUCUUUUACCUAUAAAAAGCUGAAAAUUGUUGCAUUACACUACAUCAUAAUUCUUUUUUUUUUCUUUGUUAUAACAUUAUUAAUCCUACAUGAUUGAGAUUCUUUUUUUUUUUUUUUUACAGUUUUAACAUAUUAAUACAAAUGCCUUCAAAGAGGCAGGAUAUAUGGAAGAGGUCUAAAUAUAUAAGACAUUCUGUAGUUAAGAGAUUCAAUCUGAUAGUCAAAACUAACGGAAAAGGAAGCGCAGGGUGGGGGGUGAAAUUAUCCUACUAUGGUGAAGACUUGGUACUUAAUAUUCAUGAGAUGAGUAGUCGCCACUGGAAGAUCAACAACGCAGCGUCAACAAUAAUAAUGAAUAUUCAUAAGCUAAGACUUCACUAUUGGAAGAUUGCGAUGCAACGCCGCACUCUACAAUUAUUAUAAAUCCUCUGCCGUACUAGAAUUCGUAACUCCGUUGAUGGGGAUUUAUAGCUCUGGUAGACCGCGGAUAAAACCAAAUUAGUGCGCACAAGUCUCAGUUUUGGCAACUAAGAGCGCAAACUCAAAAAGAAAAGAAAAGAAAAAACACGGAUGCCAAAUGUAACGCAAGGUGCGCGCUCUGCUUCGGCUGUUUCUACAUCUUAGCUUCAUUCAACUGUGUCAGAUUUAUUUCACAGUUGUUGGCUUUAAUUUUAUACGCGCAUUAUGGAGUACUGGAGGCAGUGCAGCUUGUGGCUGAUCAGUUGUAAAAUUUUGCCCCGGAAUCAUCGGGUCACGGCGGAUUCGGCGCAGGUUUUUGAUUUGGCCCAAACUCUUCGGGAUGGGGUGCUUCUGUGCCAGCUGCUGAACAAUCUUAGAUCCGACACCAUUAACCUGAAAGAGAUCAAUCUCAGACCACAGAUGUCACAGUUUCUCUGCCUGAAGAAUAUUCGUACAUUCUUGUCUGCAUGCUGUGAAGAAUUUGGGAUGAAGAAGAGUGAACUGUUUGAUGCCUUCGAUCUCUUUGAUGUCCGAGAUUUUGGAAAGGUCAUUGACACCCUAUCAAAACUCUCUCAUACGCCAUUUGCACAACAGAAAGGAAUCAGGUCAUUUCCCACAGAGGAAAGCACUGAAAAUGAAGACAUAUAUAUCCAUUUAGCAGAUCUGAUUGAUGAGGAGCUGGAGGAAGAUAUUUAUGACCCUGUGUAUGAAGAUGUGGAGGGAGGAGAGGUGUAUGAGGAUCUGAUGAGGACAGAGGCUGCUACGUCUCAAGCGAAACAGGCCGAGGUGGAUAUCAGAAGCUGCUGUCUUCUAGAGAUCAAACAGACAGAAGCCAAAUACACUGAGACUCUGGAGACCAUUGAGAAGUACUUUAUGAUUCCACUGAUAAAAUUCAUCCCAGCAACAGAAAUUGAUAAGAUUUUCAUCAAUAUACCAGACCUAGUUAAAGUUCACAAAAGCCUAUUGGCUGAGAUUCAAGACUCUGUUCAAAAUAAAAAUGCAGAAAACCUCCACCAAAUCUUCAUUAUUUACAAAGACAGGCUUCUGCUUUAUGGAAAAUACUGCAGUCAUGUAGAAUCAGCCAUUUCUCUUUUAGACUUCAUCUGUAAGGAAAAAGAGGGCGUUCGACUGAAACUAGAGGAAUGUUCGAAGAGAGCCAACAAUGGGAAAUUCACUUUGAGAGACUUGCUUGUGGUUCCCAUGCAGCGAGUGCUAAAAUACCCACUACUGCUUCAGGAAUUGGUGAAAUAUACUAGUGACAACACAGAAAAGAGCAACCUACGAUUAGCCCUUGAUGCCAUGAGAGACUUAGCCCAGUAUGUAAAUGAGGUGAAAAGAGACGUUGAGACUCUGAGGGAGAUUGAUCAGUAUCAGAGAUCCAUUGAGAAUUUGAACCAGUGCUUACUUUUUUAUGGAAGACCGAAGGGUGACGGUGAAGUCCGUUUGGUGUCAAAUGUGGACAAGCGCAGACAGGACAGACACAUUUUUUUGUUCGACGUCGCUGUAAUUGUCUGCAAGAGGCGCGGGGACAACUAUGAGAUGAAGGAAGUGAUCGACCUCAACCAUUUCAAGAUCACCAAUAACCCCACUACUGAUAAGGACUGCAGAAAGUGGUGCUACGGGUUCUACCUCACUCACCAGCAGGGGCAGAGUGGAUUUGAGUUCCUGUUCAAGACAAAAGAGCUGAAGAAGAAAUGGCUGGACCAGUUUGAGAUGGCCAUAUCUAAUAUUCGGCCUGAGAAUGCCACAUUUAACUCUCACCACUUCAGGAUGCACACUUUUGAGAGGGCCACCAGCUGCAGCUCCUGUCAUAUGCUUCUCAGGGGAAUUUUUAACCAAGGCUACCUUUGUCCUAAAUGUGGAAACGGGGCUCAUAAGGGUUGUCUUGGAAAACUAGGAGCCUGUGGAAGGGCAGGUGCUGCUGUUCAAAAACCACAGAGAAAGACAACACCUAGGAAACAAGAAGACCAAGGUUUGCCAAAAAUGCUGGUCAUCAGAGACUAUUUUGGGGUUCCCAGUCCUCCGGACGGACUGCCACUGAAUGCUCAGAUUGGUGAUGUCAUAGAGGUCAUCUAUGCCGAUCCUCACAGCUCCUGGUGGGAGGGCAAAAUCCUGACAACGCAAGAGACCGGCUUCUUUCCAAGUGAUGCAGUCAAACCCUGCCCAUGUCUACCGAGGACAGUCGACUAUUCAGCUCAACCCUGGUUCGCCGGGCCCAUGGAGAGGCACCACGCAGAGUCUGAGCUCAUGGAGAGAGAGAACAGCACCUACCUGGUGCGAUACAGGACCCGGGAGAGCAGAGAGUACGCUAUCAGCAUCAAGUACAACAAUGAUGUAAAACACAUUAAGAUUCUCACCAAGGAGGGCUGCUUCUACAUUGCCGAAAGCAGGACGUUCAAGACUGUGUUAGGACUGGUUGAGUAUUACAAACAGCACUCUCUGAAAGAGGGUUUCCGUACUCUGGACAUUACUCUGCAGGUGCCCUAUAAGGAGCUUGGUACUGGACUCACACCAGCUGCUCCAGUGCUGUGUGGGCUUUCCGUUUUGAGUCCCACCAGCUACAGUUUUGUUCCUCCCUCCCCCUCACCCUUCUGGUCAGUUUUGACCCCGAGAGUGCUUGGCAUUGCACUGGCACGAUAUGAUUUCAGCUCCAGAGAUACACGGGAACUCUCUAUGCAGGUGGGCGACCUGGUGAAGAUCUAUAUCAAGUGUACCAAUGGAUGGUGGAAAGGUGAAGUCAAUGGCCAGGUGGGAUGGUUCCCUUCAACUUAUGUGGAGGAAGAGGAGUGAUCAGUGCAGGAUGUUAUCCUCUCUAUGCUGCAACGGCUUUGGACAAGAAAUGUAAUAGCGAACAGUGCACCCUUAUUUGAGCGAAGCACCACAAACACAGCGAUUAUCAGUCUCUUCUAAUGGGAUCCGGUGGACUGCGGUUGAGACCUGCAGCGUGAUGCAUCCGAGGCCCUGUCGGCUUUGACUGUUUAAUUAGUUAUGAAUGUCCCUCGCUGCUCCACAUUCAGUCCAGACAUCUCUUUCUCUCACUCUUUUCCUCCCUCUCACCCUGUCACCUCCUGAAAUCUUCACACAGGGCCUGGGGCCCCCCUCUCUCUGCCUGUUUAAAAUUUAAACUCCAUUUCUGUGCUGUGCCGGACCUCCUAUAAACUCAAGAGUGGCACGCAGAGAGAAAAGCCCUGAGCUGGCCGUUUUUUCCCUCCACUCGGCGACCUUUAUGCAGUGCUUUCAGCUCACCUUGUGCUAUAAUUGAUGAUUUCAUUCGCCCGUCUGACUCUGCAAAGUUUGGCUGGGGCGAGACGGAGUGCCGUGCUGUCACGAAGCCUUCCUCCCUGCCUCCUCUUCUUCAGCCCUGAUAACACUUAGCGGCGCUGCUCUCUCAGGACGCUCGGAGCACUGCACAGUGACAGGAGGCCUGCCGUUCAGUGCGAUAUCCAUCUUAGCCGGCCUAACGCACAGCGCUGUGAUCAGUCAUCGCUCUGUCUGUUUCUGAACCUCAGGUGCUCCCAAGCAGAAUGUUGGCACUGAUUUUGGACUGAAGUCAAUUUCUUCUCUUGUCAUGCAACGGAACGACUUGUUAAUGCCGUGGUGUUUGGGGCACUAAGGCUCCUAGGCACUGCAAAAAUAUUUGGCGAGGUUUAUGCCUCUUACAAUGUAGAAGAAUUAUUAUGCCUCUUACAAAAAAUCUGCUAAUGGAAAAAUACAAAAUACAAAAAAUUUUAAAGAAACAAAUACUUUUAUUCAUCAGGGACGCAUUAAUUUGAGUGGCAAUAUGUUAUGAAAGAUUGUAUUUCAAAUAAAUGCUGUUUAUUGAACUUUCUGUUCAUUUAAGAAUCCUGAAAAAAUGUAUUACAGUUUACACAAAAAUAUUAAGAAGCACAAAUGUUUUCAACACUGAUGAUAAUUAGAAAUGUUACUUCCAUCAAAUCAGCAUAAUAAUUUCUGAAGGAUCACAUGACACUGAAAACUUUGCCAUCACAGGAAUAAAUUACGUUGUCAGAUGUAUUCAAAUGUAAAAUGAUUAUACAGUAAAUAUUUUUUACAGUAAAUACAGUAUCUUUUUUUUUUUUUUGUCUUUUGAAAAUACCCCAAACUUUCGAAUGGUAGUAUGUUUAAGAUAGUUUCUCUGAAAAUAAGUAUUAAUAUUGUGUGUCAUUGUACUUCUCAGGUAUGUUUAUCUUGUUAUGAGGAUUUGUAGAUUUUUUUUUUUUUUUUACUGGAAAACAAGACAAAAACAUUGAUAUAAAAUAGGAUUUUUGCACUGUAAUAGAUAUAUCAGCUCCCCUUGAAUUUGGCAGAGAAUUUUUCUCUCAGAUGAACUUUUGUUUAAAAUAGUUUUGUAAGUUGUUUGUAAAGGAAAUUGCUCUCUAAAUGCACACACAUUUGUUCCAAGCUGCUUUUUUUUUUUUUUUUUGCUAAAAUCUAGGUGAUAUCUUGGUAUAGAUAUUUACAUAAAUGUAAUUUUCACUGCUGUUAUAACUGUUAAAGCACCUUCUAUGCAUUCAUGUUGUCUGGUUUUCUUCAGAAUAAAUAUAAAUUAUCACUUGUUUCACAUUGUUUAGUAAGUGAAUUUUGUUAUGGCUGUGUACAGGGUCGAAACAUAAGUUUUUGCCAGUGUUGUGAGAAAAUUAACUGGAUAUAAAUACAUUUCUUACUGGCCAUGAAACUAUUUUGUACUACUUUGAUUAUUUUGUUCUACCCAUUACAGUGGCAUUAUUAUAGCUGUUUUGUUCCCUUGUAUAUUUGUUUUUUCUUGAGCUAGUCCUAAUACUGUUCCUCACAUUUUAUUUUGGUGAGAAAUAUUCUAGCAAAUGUACUUCUCAUGGCAAAAAUAAACU